AUGCAUUUCACAAAGAAGAUUGACCGCGCCUUUCAAUGGGCCGGCGAGAAGAUGGGCUCCGAGGCCCGAACCGGCCACUCGGAGGAGUUCAAGAACCUCGAGCAAGAGAUGGCUCUGAGACAUGAAGGCAUGGAGCGCAUGCAGAGAUCCAUGGGAGCCUACGUCAAGUGGAUUUCCCGUCGCAAUGAGCUCCUCGAUGACAAGGAGCGUGGUUCUCCCAUCUCCUACCUUGGCCGCACCAUGGCCACCCAUGGAGAGGACUUUGAGCAGGAUUCCGAGUUUGGAAACUGUCUUCUGUCCCUUGGUCGCGCCAACGAGCGCAUUGCCGGCAUCCAGGAUUGCUACAUCGAUUGCGCCAAUGCCACUUGGAUGGAUAACCUCGAGAGGAGCCUGGCUAUGAUGCGAGAAUACCAGAACACGCGCAAGAAGCUCGAGAACCGACGUCUCGCCUAUGACGCCAGCACCAACAAGAUGGCCAAGGCCCGACGAGACGACUUCCGAAUCGAAGAAGAGGUCCGCAUGAAUAAGGCCAAGUUUGAGGAGACCAGCGAGGACGUCCUCCGCCGCAUGCAGGACAUUAAGGAGUCCGAGGUUGAGAACAUUGCUGCUCUGACUCAGUUCCUCGACGCUGAGCUUGACUACCACGAGCGCUGCGCCGAGGAGCUUCGCCGUGUUAGACAGAGCUGGGCUGGAGGUGCUGCUGCUUCUCCCACAACUGCACCUCGGCCUGGCCGAAGCCGAUCCAACACUGCUCGAUCCUGGCAGGAGCCUCGUCACCAGGCUGUCUACGAGGAACCCGAGCCUGAACCUGAACCUGUCCGCAUUCCUCAUCGUUCUCCCGGCAGCCGUCUUGCACCUCCACCUCCUCAGCCGCCACGACCAGCCAUUGGCAGGGCCAACACCUUUGAUGGCCGCUCGCCUACACCUCUGGCCAACCUCCGCGUUCCUGGUGCUCCUCUCUCCCGGGUCGUGACUGAUGGUGGCUCUUAUGGUCGAAGCGGUCACAGCGACGAUGUAUUCUCUGAUGAUGUCUCAACAAGUCGAAGCGGUAGCCCAGACUGGUGCGACCGCAGAAGCGCCAGCCCUGCAACAAGCUAUGGAAGUCUGAGCCGCAGCACGAGUGCCCUGGCUCUGGGCAAGAAGCCGCCACCUCCCCCUCCCAACAGGGCCAAGAAGCCCCCGCCUCCUCCUCCUGCUCGAAGGGAGAACCUUGGAUAUUGA